ACGGUCCAGGAACGUCGCGCGCGAGCGUCACGGGCGCCGGCGACGUGUGACCGUGUUUCCUCGUGCGCAACUUCGAUGAUGAUGGAAAAUACCGAGACAGUCGCGUCUCUCAGAAAGAGAGCGGAACAAACGCUCCGAAUAAUAGACAGCAGCAGAUCCGAAAAUGACACGUCGAAGUUUAGGGCGCGUUCGUGGCGUAGCGCAGCCGGCGCGGGAGAGGCGAAAAGCGGCGCGCGGGAGAAGUGGAAAGCCGAGAAGAGAGAGCUGACGAAGGGAAGAAUCGGGGUCCACAACAAAAUCGCUUAAUCGCUUUGCGCCACCGUCCGCGACGGAGCACGGCCCCGUCCGUCGCCGCCACCACCACCGCCAUUGCAGUGCCCCCUAGUGUGCAUGCAUGCCCGACGCUUUCUCUCUCUCUCUUUUUCUCUCUCCUUUCCCCUUUCUCCCCCUUUCUCCUUUCCGCCGAUUCGCUGCGCCUCGAUCUCCGUCUUUCUCUCCUUCUCCCUCUCCCUUUCCCUCUCCCUUCCUCGCCUUCUCCGGUCUCUCCCGCUGUCUCUGUCUCCCCGUGAUUCGCUAUGCCACUUCGGACCGCGACGUUUUCACGGGCAAUCCGUGAGUGACAGCUGCCAGUGGCCAACGCGGUGCGUGCGUGUCUCUCGUAGAUUGGCACGGCCGAUACCGGCUGUGCGUGCGUGACAGUUGCGUGCGUGCGUGCGGGCGUGUGUGCGGGCGUGCGUGCGUGCGUACGUGCGUACGUGCGCGCCAAGUACGCUUGACGAGAAACCGUUCUCGUUUCGCGCCCUCACGUCGGUGUGUAUCAUCUGAUAUAUAACGAAAGUGUGUGCAUCAUCGACACCCUCUUGAAGGAUCUUGGAGUAACACGGGAUUGGCGAUUACCAGCGGUUCCCGGACCGUCGUUGCUGCUCCUGCUGCUGCUGCUGUCGCAAUUUGAUUUGUGGGUCAGGUCAUGGUGAGCGGCGGCAUGGCCGGGCAGCACUACUGCCUGCGCUGGAACAACUACCAGUCGAAUAUGACGUCGGUGUUCCAUCAGCUCCUGCAGACCGAGGCCUUCGUCGACGUCACCCUGGCAUGCAACGAGGCCUCGUUAAAGGCGCACAAGGUGGUGCUGUCGGCCUGUAGCUCCUACUUUCAGAAGCUUCUGCUGUCAAACCCCUGUAAACACCCGACGAUCAUCAUGCCACAGGACGUGUGCUUCAACGACCUCAAGUUCAUCAUCGAAUUCGUCUACCGCGGCGAGAUCGAUGUCUCGCAAGCGGAGCUUCAGUCGCUCUUGAAGACGGCCGACCAGCUGAAGAUCAAGGGCUUGUGCGAGGUGCCGGAGAACAGAGACGGUCCGCCACCCGUGAGCUUGAGCUCGCCUCCGAGGGAGUCCGGCACCCCGAGAUUGAACUACACAAAGCUGAAGAAGCAUCACCAACGGUAUAAGAGACCCAGAAUUGAGCGGCCCACGUUUGAGCCGCGUGCCACCGACCCGAGACAUUACGAUCGUUACAAAGAAGAAGAAGCCAACAACGAUUAUAGCCGCGAUAACAAAGAGAACCACCGGGACUGGCAGGCUGAAGAUGACGAGUGCACGGAGACAGCAACAGCAGCAGUAGCAUUGGAAACUUGCCAACGUAAUAAUAAUAAUAACAACAACGGUAACGGCACAAGUAACAACAACGGUGACAUGUUUUGUCACACAGGGCUAGGGCACUAUGGCCAUCAUCCGGAUCCCGGAGAGGUCGAUUUGCCCCCCGAGACUCAACCUACCCCUCCCAGCGCCACCCUGGUCGGCACUACCAUCACCCACUUGAGGGAUCCAGAUCAUCAUACAGAGAUUCAGAAUUGCGACAGCGUCAAAAUCAAGUUCGAGACGCUGCACACGAUGGACUCCUCGGACACGAUCGACAUAGACAGCCACAUGUCGGAUCGGGCGAGCGUUAGUUCGAAGAAUGCCGCCGACAGCGACAACAUGAUGAUGAUAACGCCGGAGCUGCUGGGACUGAUGCCGUCGGGAAGCUCCGGUCAGUCGGAUUCGGGCGAGAACAAUUCGAGGGGGCACAGCGGACAAUCCAGCUCGCAUCAUCACGGAUCGAAAUCGUGGACGCAGGAAGACAUGGACGCGGCUUUGGAGGCGUUGAGAAAUCACAACAUGAGCCUGACAAAAGCCUCGGCAACAUUUGGUAUUCCAUCGACGACUCUAUGGCAACGGGCGCAUCGAUUGGGCAUUGACACGCCGAAAAAGGACGGUCCCACGAAAUCUUGGAGCGACGAGAGCUUGAACAAUGCUUUAGAAGCGUUACGCACCGGUUCCAUUUCGGCUAACAAAGCGUCCAAAGCAUAUGGUAUACCUUCGAGUACAUUAUACAAGAUUGCGAGGAGAGAAGGCAUCAGACUGGCUGCGCCUUUCAACGCGAGUCCCACUACGUGGACGCCCGCCGAUCUGGAUCGCGCUCUAGAAGCAAUAAGGUCUGGUCAGACAUCCGUACAGAGAGCGUCGACGGAAUUCGGUAUACCCACGGGGACCCUGUAUGGAAGAUGCAAGCGGGAAGGAAUCGAGCUUAGCAGGAGCAAUCCCACACCGUGGAGCGAAGACGCUAUGACUGAAGCUCUCGAGGCCGUCAGAUUAGGGCACAUGAGCAUAAAUCAAGCAGCGAUCCAUUAUAAUCUGCCAUAUUCGUCACUGUAUGGGCGUUUCAAGAGAGGCAAAUACGAGGAACCCGUCGUCGGUGAUAUCUCGCAGGAUGGCACCAGUCCACAUUUCCAUCAGAGCCCCAACCAGAAUCACUCAUCCGCCCUUCCAGAUCAAAUGCCUUACCCGGGCAGCUGAAACUUACCUCUUUACUAGAGUAUUAAGUUAGCUUAAGCUCCGAACUUUUCGAUUCGUCGCGGCAGCUCCUCGAACAACUCUUGAAACAAACAGGUGCGGGAGGUAUUCUAAAAGAUUAGAGACCGAUCGGAGAGAAUGUCAUUACAAAAGCACAUUCACACAUACUACGAUAGCGAAGAGCAGAAUUUACCCGCAGUAUUAAAAGUGGAUCGCCGUUAAGCAAGCAUUACAUUGUAUGAUUAUAUGUACAUUGUAUGAUUUUUAUGUCGGAAUAAGACACGUAGAUUAUACUAAUUUAUAAGAGUUAUUUAUAAAAA